ACCCGGUACUUUCUCACGGUACGCAUUGCAUUCCCAUCUACGGCAAUACUACAUCUGACGGUAAUCCGACGAUUCCGACGAUUCCGACGACAAAAGCUCCCACUGCCAACAACAACAUCAUGGUUGCCUUCUGCUUCCGGGCAUUCUUGAUCACCACGGGGGCCAUUUCGCUGGCCUCUGCAGUGAAGCGACCCGACUGGUUGUCCCACGUCGACAAGGUCAAACUACAAGAAUACAUGGGCGUCGCGACAGAACGCCACAACGAGGCCAUUCGGACCGCUCUCCAAACCUACGAAGUCGACCAACCCACGACCCUGACGGAAGAAGAGCAAGCAAAAGAAACCGAGCUCAGAGAGAAUCUAAAGCUCAACGAAUACAGGAUCAAAGCACCCGGUAGAUUGCCCGACUUUCACGACGAAUUAGGAGAAUCGCCCGUAUUUGUGACGAACAGCGAGACACCCUUGUUCUCCAAGGAGGAAUGCAACGAUGUCGUUGGAAUGGCGGAUGCGUAUUUUGAUUCCAAGGACGAAAUGGCAAAGAUGCCAUCUGGUCAAUAUUACAUCCAGGGAUUCUGGAUCAAGGACGUACCGGAUGUCAAGAAAUGGUUUGUCGAGAAGUGCCGAAGUCGCAUGUUCCCUCUUUUGAAAAAACAAUUUCCCGAUUUUGUAGACGACAUCGAAGAUUUGGUGGUCGAUAGCGCCUACUUGUUCAAAUACAAACCGGAACCGGGUCUCCGAACCGAAAUCCACACGGACGGAGGAUGUUUGUCGUUUACUUUUGCCCUSAACCCGAAAUCCGAGUACGAGGGAGGCGGCACGUGGGUAGAAGGACUGACUUCCGACGAAGAUCCAGACAUGGGAGAAACAAUCGAGAUGGAUAUGGGCCACUGUACAAUCCGACCGGGAGGAGUCCGUCACUGUGGAAAUCCGCUUAAGAGCGGAACGAGAUACAUCAUUGGUGGAUUUUGCAUGAACAAAAAACGCGUCGAGCACGUUCGUCAGCUAGUCAACAAUUGUCCACAGAGAACGUCGGCCAAAACAACCAGGGAGGCACUGGAGUGCGCGAUUGCUCUCAAUCCCGAAUUCGAGGGACCCUACACACCCCUGGCACAAAUCUACGAGAACGACGGUACACCGGAGAAGGCCAAGCAAGUUAUGGAAGACUGCUUGCGCCUCGCUAAUCCAAAGUCCACAGCGUCUUCUUAUUAUUUGGGCACUUUCAAGUACAAAGAAGGAGACUACAAGGAGGCAAUGCGCUACAUGAAAAAUUGCCUAGAAAUCGACCCCAACGACGGAGAUGCCCUCGGAACCUUGUCGCAUUGCUACGCACAACUGAAAGACGUAGAGAAGGAAAAAGAAACGCUCCAGAAAAUCAUCGAGGCACCCGGUGUCGCCAAUCCGGUUCUUUCCCAAGCCUAUUGCAAUCUUGGAAUUAUGCACGCCGGCGAGGGUGAAGAACUAUUGUACUAUGCCAAAUCCCUCGAGGCAGAGCCGUCCAGUUUGCCCGCCAUGCACAAUCUUGGAAAUGCCCUGGCAAGGCGCGAACAAUGGGAUCGAGCGGUCGGAGUCUUUCGACGAGUGGUAAAGGAUUUGGCCAAGACGAACGAAGAGAAAUACACGUACCUGAAAAUGCUGUACCAGGUUUCAACAGCAAAAUUAAGGGCAGACGCCACAGCCAAAGACCAAGCAGACCUUAUGUCGCAGCUGGCGGCCACCAUGGGCCAGGAGAAUCUCGAUCAAUUGGUGGCAUUUCAAAAAACCAUGAGGUAGAUAACAAAAAUUCAUAGUAUCUAGUCCAACAGUAUUGUGGCAUGUUUUUGUCGCAUUUUCACAACUACAUAUGUCCUUCAUGCUGUCGAGCAAGGCAUUCAAUACAAUGCUAUACAAGGU